CCGUUUUAGCUAGCAUGACACUAUCACGGGUGGAACAUGAAAGUAGUCUUUCGUUUAAUUUUCGGCAUGUUGUGAAAAUCCGUUUCUGAUGCCGAGUGUUACAGUUGAUUGAUUAGAAGUUUUAAUGUGGUGCGAGUCAUUGUUGUGCGACCAUCAACUGGCGCUGUUAGCAGCGACGACUUGCACUCAUUUUUCCAGGGUCAAAGACAAACUGCAUCCUUUUCUUUUUUUACUGCUAGUUUGAAAGAUGACAGGAGAAAAGAUCCGCUCCCUCCGCAAGGACCACAAACCGGGCAAGGAGGAGGAUUUACUAGAACCAGACGAGGAAGCUGCGACCGGGACGUUCACCUCGUCAACCAGGACUAGUAGCAAAGGCAGAGCCACCAAGAUCUUUAGCAACCAUAAGAUAAUCAAAUCCACGUCCCAGCACAACAAUCAGCAACAGCAAUCGCAAAUCAACGCCAACACUAAUAGUAUCACCAGUUCGGAGGCCGUGGAUGAUAAAAACAAAAACCCGAUUAUUCGAACCGGCGAAGAUUUCCCGGUGCACGAAUGUGUGUUCAAAGGGGACGUGCGACGAUUAUCAUCACUUAUCCGGACCCAGAGCAUUGCACAGAAAGAUGUGCAUGGAAACACUCCUCUUCAUCUGGCUGUGAUGAUGGGACAUAAAGAAUGUGCCCACCUCCUGCUGGCCCACAAUGCACCAGUGAAAGUCAAAAACGCUCAGGGAUGGAGUCCUUUGGCGGAGGCCAUCAGCUACGGAGACCGACAGAUGAUCACAGCACUGCUACGGAAGCUGAAGCAGCAGUCCAGAGAGAGCGUGGAGGACAAGAGGCCGCGGCUGCUCAAAGCCCUUAAAGAGCUUGGGGACUUCUAUUUGGAGCUUCACUGGGAUUUUCAAAGCUGGGUGCCUUUACUGUCUAGAAUUUUGCCCUCUGAUGCCUGCAAGAUCUACAAGCAGGGGAUAAAUAUCAGGUUGGACACUACCCUCAUCGACUUCACGGAUAUGAAAUGCCAGAGAGGGGACCUGAGCUUCAUCUUCAAUGGCGACGCCAUCCCCUCCGAGUCCUUCGUGGUGCUCGACAAUGAACAGAAGGUGUACCAGCGGAUACACCACGAGGAGUCGGAGAUGGAGACAGAGGAAGAGGUGGACAUCUUGAUGAGCAGCGACAUCUACUCAGCCACCCUCUCUACCAAGUCCAUCACCUUUUCCCGAGCGCAGACAGGGUGGCUCUUCCGCGAAGACAAAACCGAGCGUGUUGGCAAUUUCCUAGCCGAUUUCUACCUGGUCAACGGCCUGGUCCUAGAAUCCAGGAAGCGGAGGGAACACCUGAGUGAGGAGGACAUUCUGAGGAACAAGGCCAUCAUGGAGAGCCUUAGCAAAGGGGGGAGCCUCAUCGAGCAGAACUUCGAACCGGCCAGACGACAGUCCUUGACUGCUCCUGCUCCGAGCUCCAUUUCCUGGGAAGAGUACAUUACAGCUGAGGCUGGGAAGGCCCCCCACCUGGGAAGGGAGCUUGUGUGCAAAGAGAACAAGAAAAAUUUCAAAGCAACUGUAGCCAUGAGUCAAGACUUCCCUCUGGGCAUUGAGUCAUUAUUGAAUGUUUUGGAAGUGAUUGCCCCCUUCAAGCACUUUAAUAAACUCCGAGAAUUUGUUCAGAUGAAACUACCGCCAGGCUUCCCGGUAAAAUUAGACAUCCCGGUGUUUCCCACCAUCACGGCAACCGUGACUUUUCAGGAGUUCCGCUAUGACGAAUUCGAGGAGUCCAUUUUUACCAUCCCCAACGACUACAAAGAGGAUCCCAGUCGCUUCCCAGACCUCUGACCUCUCUCUCUCUCUCUCUCUCUCUCUCUCUCUCUCUCUCUCUCUCUCUCUCUCUCUCUCUCUCUCUUUCUCUCUCUCUCUCUCACACACACACAUUGCCUGUUUUCCACCCCUCCUUUCUCUCCCUAUCUGUCUCCUUCCACCCCGAGUUUCUGUGUCCUUUCUGUGUUCUCCUCUAACAUGCCAGAUCGAUGUACUCUCCAGGGGGGAACAACAACUAUCCAACUUGUGAGCCCUGAUAUGAGCGUCAUCUCUGAGGAUCAAAGUGUCACACUUGGCUUUAGAAAUGCAGGCAGAAUUAAUUUCCUGUCUAAAAUACUGUGAUAUUGGUCUAGAGGGAUUGCGCCAAACCGUCGUGUAGUAACACUGAGUGAAACCGCGCCCAGAACCUCAGUGUGCGGAUGAGAGCUGCCGGCUGCCCUAAUGGUGUAGUGAGGAGCAUGAACAGGCACCGUUCCAGUGCACUCUGGGUUUCCUCCCACCCUCUCAGAACUGCAGACACUCCAGUGUAGCUCUCUGUACACAGUGAUAAUGCAUCAGAAACACAAUAUCCUGAAGGUGGAAACCCUCCCAGUCCGAAUGGCAGGAAAUCAGGCAUUAUAAGUUCUGUAUUUAUGUAAGCCUUGUUUUCAUAUAUCUUUGUAAGAAAAAAGAAAAAAAAAAAAAAAAAACGUUACAAAAUUGUACUCUUCACAUAAAGGAAAAGAAAAUGUGUGUCUGUACAAUGGUGGGGGAGAAAAUUACCUGUAUAUGAUUUGCGUUGUAUGAAAACUGUCACAAAAUAUAAUCGGUAUGUUCUUUCUACAGAUGUAAAUACUUCUAUUAGGAUAGGAGUUCUUUUGGUCAUUUGUGUUUCAGGAAGCGCCUGGAAAACUGUCCUUUCGUAGUAGGGUGUGGAGGAACACUCCAUCUUUACGCAAAGCUUUAUACGGAAUUAUUCUGUUACGCCUCUUUUCCUUGGUUUGUAUGAUGCCCUGUGAUUGGUCAUCUCUUCUUCUGUUUCACCCUUGACUGCGUGGGACCACCCCAGUUCCCCAAUGGGCACACACCUGUUUACACUCAUGCCGCCCAGCUAGUGGAUGGCUGAACACUCCGGAACCCCCUCCUGUUGCGUUCGUCCCAGUGGCAGGCAUUCAUUUCUUAAACGUGUAUGAUUUCAGAUCAAUCUAUAUAGUUUUUGUUUAGACCUCUUAGCUGGACUUCAGCCAUUGAAUGCAAAUGCAUUGUUUAUUUCCAUCUUUAUCAAUGGAUGUAGAUAUAACACUUUCGAGAUUAGAAUUUUUGACACCUAUACUGACAGCCAUUUGGUAAGGUAGUAGUGUAUAAAAAAAUGUUUGAGUACAUUUUUAAUUAGCCCCUAAGAUAUAUAUAUAUAUGUGACUUCCUUAACUGGAGAUUUUGGCUUGAGGCUUUUGCUGUGUGCAGCAGAAGAAAACAGAAGAAUGGUCAAAUUUGCACCAGCAAACAUCGUUAGAAUGGUUCUGAAUAGAAAUAUUUUAUUUAUAUAACCAGUGUGUUUCCUUUUUUUAAUGUACACUGGAUUUUGGCCUUCAAGUGGCCACAAGUUUUAAUAUGCUUCCAAGCCUCACUACUGGUUAGUGUGGCAAAUUCUUGUAGACAUUUCUUUUCUACCAGCUUCAGGUCUUUUUGUUGUUUUUCUCUAGACUUUAGUUUGCGCCUUGAACUCUGAACCUGGUUUUGACAGAAAAACAUGGACAAACUAGUUGUACAAUGAAAACCUUGUAUGCCACACUUUUUCAUAAAGGAUUAUACUUAAUAAAAUGUCUGUGUACCAAA